GUAACAGUAAGAAGGGGCGAGUUUGAUAAUGCGGUUCGAACGUUCCGAUUCCAACUUGGCGUGCCUAUUCACACCAGGUUGAACGCCGUCCAACCUGAAGGGAUCCCCAAACUUCAUCAUCAUGACACAAGCUGUGAAGAGAAAUGCAAAAAUGGCGGCCGCCAAGGAGAGGUGGCGCCUUCUCGCCAAGGCCUGCACGGGCAAGCGAAGUGGCACGGCCAGUCCCGAGAACAAUGAGAUUCAGCACUCAAUAUCCAGAGUUGCUGCAGGGAGCUUUGGUUUUGUAAAGUCCACAGCAAUUCAGCGAGCAUCUGUCACAGAUCAGUCUGGGAGACCUGGUGAAGCGUUGCUUGCAACGGACCCCUUGCAUCAACACGUGUCUUACGAGGUGGUCAAGCCAGGUGGCCAGACGGUGGAGAUUAUUUUGAGGCAACGAAGAGCAGGAUGCAUAUCGUUAGCCGACCACAGGCUUUCCCAGGCGUGCGGAGUUGACAGCACUGGCAUCGUUUGUCUUUGGCCUGCCGAGGAAGUAUUGACGCACUAUUGCUCCCAGCACCCUGAACUCUUCCAGGGCCGUCGGGUACUCGAGCUGGGCGCGGGGUACGGGCUCGCGGGGCUGGCCGUGGCUGCGUGCACCGAAGCGGGCGAGGUGGUGAUUACGGACGGGAACCCCCAGGUUGUGAAUGCGAUCCAACACAACAUCCGGAUCAAUGCGCACCUGUUUGGCGAGACGGCUGUUCGCGCGGAACCGUUGACGUGGGGCGAUGACGCUUCCGCACGGGCUGCGGGCGGGCCGUUUGACGUCAUCAUCGCUGCAGACUGCACGUUCUUCAAGGACUUCCAUGCCCAAUUGGCGGGCACCAUCAAGUUGCUUCUCAACCAUGCAUCUGCCCCGGGCACGUCUCGGACGUCAACGGACGGGGCUGAGGACCCGGUUGAGCCGAAACCGGUUCCUUCGACCUCUUAUGCCAGCAUUCUUGUAGCAGACGCCGGACUUGCACGAGAUUUGGUGGCUUCGUCAAUGAGUGAGGCCAGAGAGGAUUCAUUGUUGCAAUCAGACGGACUGAAGGCGACUAGAGCAUCGCAGUCCGAGGGGGAAAGUGCGAAGUGGCGGCUAUGGGAAGAGAGCGACGGUUCUAGAACAACGGCUGGGAACAGAUCAGAGGUCACGUGCGAGAUAGGUGAGGCAAAAACGCCCGAAGAGCAGGUCAGGAGCGAGGACAUCAAUGCGUACCAUGCAUUGAAUCCCACCUUCGAAGUAAAUGAGAAGAGCCUGUCUACUUUCCGGACAGAUGACAUGAAAGACGACGGGCUGGAGCCGAACGAGCCCAUUGCUUUGCUGUUCAAUCCGCGACGAGGGGGGACGUUAGACAAAUUCGUUGACAUAGCUACUCGAGUAGGUCUUCGUGCAGAGUUGAGCGAGAGCUUUGAUAAGGACUUGGACAGGAAGAUUGAACGCUUGAGAGGAGGAGAGUGCGCAGAGUGGCCUGGAUUUGAUGAAGAGCACUGUCGCCCGAUCAUGUUGAUCCUCAGACAUUGUGAAUUUGAGUAAGUGU